AUGGAUGGCAGCCACUCCGAAAGUGAGGUUCUCGUAUCCCUUGCCUGGCACGUAGAAACCGGCCUUUCUGAUCAUGUUGGCAAACGUUUCUUGGUUAGGGAAUCUCUGGAUACUCUCGACGAGGUACUGCGCCUGGUUGUCAACCUGGGAGAAUUCCAGGCAUGCAAAGAUUCCUCCCGGCUUGAGAACACGGUAGGCGGUGUCAAGACCGGCCUGGAUGUUGGUGAAGUUUCUGAUACCAAAAGCGAUGGUGUAAACGUCCUUGGAGUUGUCCUCGAUAGCGUCGAGCUUUUCACCGUUUUGUUCUAG